UUGCCAAUAAAAGGAUUGCUGUCAAGAGAUGUGCAAAGAUACCGAAAUGGAAGACAAUCUAUAAAACCACAUGCUGUGAAAACCCCAACCUUGCUACAAACAGAACAUGAAAGAAGAACCUUCGACAUCAAGUGGCAUAAAACGUUCUAUCCCGCAAGAGUUACAAGAUAAAAUCGAUGAGAUAGUUUCAAAACGUUCACGAACAACAGCAAAACUAGCAGAUUUAGACGAGAAUCAGAAAAGAUGGUUGGUUGUUGGAAUCUGCCUACACAGCGUAAUAUCCCCAGCCUUGAGGAAUUAUGUUGUUCCAAUUUUAACAAAACUUUGUUAUACGUUAUCUGUUCAUCAUAGACUUGAAACACAAACAUUUCCAACGCGUUUACCAAAACAUCCACCAACAAACAAGACCUUCCUUAAUUACGAAGGAGUCAACAACAACAAAGUAAAACAUGGUUAUUAUAAACAAAGGUACGACUACAAGAUCAAGAGUGUUGUGGAUUUAUCCAAGCUAUUCCUACAAACACAUAUGGCAUAUUACACAGGCUUUGAUGACACAUGUGACUCAUCCGCUUUGCUGGGAUUGAUCAUCAAUAUUGACCAGUUCGAUCCCAUCGUAAAAUCGGUUGCCCUGAAUGUACGACGAUAUAUAAGAAAUGAUUGGGCUCAUUGUGCUGAAUGGGAUGCUGUUAAGUUUUCCAAUUCAUUCCAACUGAUGAAGAAGCUGGUAAAGGAACUUAAACUGAGUCUAAAUGAAGAAACGCAAAUCAUCGGGGAAAUAGAAAAAUGGGAAAUGAAUGGUCCGCGAUUCCUAAGUGGAACAACUUAUGGUCUUGAAUUAGUUAACGAGUUUCGACAACAGACACGUGCGCUUGCUGAAUAUUCUCAACUGGUAGCAACAGAAACAGAUAGUUAUUUUAUCAGGAAGGAAAAUGAACUAAAAAAAAAUGAAAUCCUCCUCCUUCAUAAAGUAGACCAGUUAAAGAAAGACAUAGACAAACGAUUGUUUGAAAUAGAUGAAGUGCUCGUGGAUCAAGACAAAACUUUGAAAAAUCACGAUACACAAUUAGGUUAG